UUAGUCACGAAUCUCACCGCGUUUCGAGCUGCCUACAUACUCCCAGCGUCUAGUUACUUCCUUACCACUCUCCGGUAUUGCCGAUAUCCCUUACCUCCUCGAGGUUCAUGGCUUCCGAAUCGCCCACGAGUUUAAGGAACGUCACCAAGCCAGCUAGGCGAGCCGUUUCUUCUGCUGCAAAUGACGCUGCUAGCAGCGAGAGAAGUACUUGCAUUGAUAGGACACCCGUUGACGGCGACACGCUGUCCUCUCUAAAAUCUGCUCCUGAUUUAGUUGAAAACGUUGGAAAUAUUGAAAAGUUACCGAAAAUUAAUAGCAGCAGUUCGCGUUUCUCCCCCAUCUCUCGAUCGUCGUUCUCUGCCUCCGCGUUUCCUAUCGGCGUCGCAGCGUUCGCCGUCGCCGUCGCUCUCGCGAAAACCGCCUCUGUGAUCGUCCGCGCGACGGCGACGACGAACCGUGCGACGUCGCCAGUGCCGUCGCCUGCCGUCGCAGCGCUGGCCGUCGUCGCCGUGAUUCUCCUCGCCCUCUUCGUCCUCCUUAUUCUCCACCUGCUGUCGCUCACACCGCGAUUAACGGCGGGAUUUCCGGGGCGAGGCACUGGCAGAACCGAUCGCGGAAAAAUGGGAGGGGAAGGGGGAGAAAAAGGCGGAGGGGGGGAGAGAAGAGGCGGAAAGGGAAACGUGGAAGGCGGAAGCGGCGGCGGUGAGGGGAAGGGAGGAGCGAGAGGAGACGAGGGAAGGGGAGGAGAAGAGGAAGAGGGAAUUGAGGGAAGGGGAGGCAGGGAGGAGAGGGAAAGGAGAAAGGAGGAGAGAGUGAAAGGAGUGUGGGAGAUGGGAGGGCCCUCAGUUCCGUGGUGGAUUAAAGCGGCAGGGGUGGUGGGGAAUAUUAAGGAGAUAGUGAGCAAGGGCCAUUAUCAGUGCCACGUGGACUGGAUGGCCGCUCAUGGGCACCUUUACUCCUACUUGUACGGCCCUCGCCGAGUGGUGGCGGUGUCCUCCCCUGCGCUCGUGAGGGAGGUGCUUCUGCGCCGAUUCAAGACCUUCCACGACCGCCCUGUGCCCCCCACUGCCAGCCCUACAACCGACAGAGGGCUCUUGUUUGCACGCGGCAACCACUGGGCGGGGUUGAGGAGCGCCCUGACUCCCAUGUUCCAUCGCUCCACCCAUCUCCACUCCUUCUACCAUGGCAUGCACCGAUCUGUGCACCACAUGCUGCUGCUGCCCCUAUGGGACGUGACACAAACGAAGGGGGGGAAGCACGAGAAACGAGGGAGAGAGGGGGGGGGUGAGGGAGGAGAAAAGCCAGACAGAGAGGAAGGAGUGAGGGAGAAAGGCAGGGGGGAGGUGGGAGGGGAGGAAGAGGGAAGGUCAGAGGGCGGAUGGGUGGAGGUGGAUCUGACGCCACUGUUUGAAGCAGUGGGCUUGGCUUCUAUCGGCUCUGCUUGCUUCGGUGAUGAUCUUUGGUUCCAACAGGGAGACGAGAAAGGCUCAGCUGGCACUCUUGACCCUACACACAAGGAAGCCACUAGCCGUGCUGACGAGACGCGAGGCCACUCAGACAAGGCUAGCAUCAGUUGCAGCACAUGUCCCACUGCCACCACCCGCACUCAGACCACCCCCACCACUACCAACCACACUACAGCCCACACCACCUCCCUAGCUCGCGCAUACGGAGCAAAUGAACAGGCAGGGGCGAAGCUAGGGGCCAUCCCAUCGCUCCUUCUCGCCCUCUCCCCUGCGUGGCUUCGGCCGCUGGUGCAUCGGCUGCUGGGUGCGGUGCCUGGGAGCACUGUGGCUGCAGCAAGGGAGAGACACCGAGAGUUGAUGCGGGAGUGGGAGCGGAUGUUGGAAGCAAAGAGACAGCAAGCGCCUGAAGGCAACUGUCUCAGCAGCAGCGCUGCCGACAACAGCGCUGCCGACAACAGCGCUGCCGACAACAGCGCUGCCGACAACAGCGCUGCCGACAACAGCGCUGCCGACAACAGCGCUGCCGACAACAGCGCUGCCGACAACAGCGCUGCCGACAACAGCGCUGCCGACAACAGCGCUGCCGACAACAGCGCUGCCGACAACAGCGCUGCCGACAACAGCGCCGCCGACAACAGCGCUGCCGACAUAUUGACCUUCCUCAAACACUUCCAGGACAAGGGCACAGGCGCAAGGCUACGCGACUCCGACCUUCCCCUCAUUCUCUUCGGUCUCCUCGGCGCCGGUGUCGGGACCACGUCCUCCACUCUGGCAUUUGCCAUCCACAUGCUGACUCAGCAUCCGGAAGUUUCCAGGAAGGUACAGGCUGAGAUCGACAGGAGGCCUGAAGAUCCACCGGCUUAUUCCAAAAAAAGGCCAUCUUUUGAAGACCUUGAAGAGUUGAAGUACCUUGACAUGGUGCUAAAAGAAACACUUAGACUGUACCCCGCUGGUCCUAUAGCUGCCCGACUGCCCAUCCAUGCAACCACUCUGGCUGGUUACCACAUUCCUGCAAACACGCCGAUAGUGGUCCCGAUUUUCGCUGCCCACCGCUGCCCGGAUUUCUUCCCCCGGCCACUUUCUUUCCUGCCCGAGCGCUUUGGCCAGCGGGCAGCUGGUGGAGUGGGAGGAGGGGGAGGAGGGGUACAUGAGGAGGUGCUUUGGACAGUGGAGUCAGAGGCUAUGUACAUGCCGUUUGGAGCAGGCCCCCGCAUGUGCAUCGGUGCCCGAUUCGCGACUCUGGAGAUUAAACUGUGCCUUGUGCUGCUGCUGCGCUUCUUUGACAUUCAACCUGCGACUGGCACUGGUGAACGGAGUGUGGCUGACACUGAUGCACGUGCCAUGCCUUUUGAGCCGACUCAACAGUCGUCUCGGAGUGUGGCUGGCACUGAUGGACAUGCCAUGUCUGGCAUGGGAAAGCAGGGGGGAAGCGAGGGAGCUGAUGACAGCCGAGGGGGGCAUGCAAGCAGCUGGAGAAGGGGAGUUCGCAGCAGUAGCAGCAAUAGCAGCAACAUUCCGCUGGAGUCUGGGCUGAACCUCCGGCCGAGGGACGGGGUGCGAGUGAAGAUUCGGAGGAGAGGCCAUGUUGGUCUUGAGGCGCUCCAAAGUUCGAAGGAGAGUCCCUCUGGUGAUUGGUUUUGAGGUGAACUCAAUAUGAUUUCUGAGUCGACUGAACAAAUCACCGAAGGUUCGAAGGAGAAUCCCUUCGAUGAUUGGUUUUGAGGUUAAUUUAAAAGCAACCUGUCCAGAGACCCACUGGGGUCGCCCUAGAAGAUCCUCGGAAGGGCCACAGGUUGCUACGCCUGGGGGGCUAUGGGCGCGCUGAUCGCCUACUUAAAAAGCCCUUUUAGCACAGUGGUUAGCGGCUGUGUUUCUGAUGGAGUCUGGGUGAACCUCUGGCUGAGGGAGGGGGUGCGAGAGAGGAUCUGCAGGAGAGGCCAUGUUGGAUCUGCGAGAACCCCCUUUAAGUUUCGCAGUCCAUGGAUCCGUAGCUUGAGGCGUCGCAAAACUACGGUAGCUUGUUCAUUUGGAAUGUGUGCUUUCAAGGCAUUUUUGAGAAUUCUUAAAAAAUGUCUCCACUGUAG